CAAUUUCACAAGACUUAAAAUAAAAUGAUACAGGUUGAUUUCUCCAAGAAAUCCAAGAACUUUAACUUCCUCGACCCUUUUCUGGGUGUUCUUGGAUUCAUUUUAGUAUUUUGUCUCUUUAUUGGGGGUUUCUUUUACUUGGAUUACCGGGCCGUCCUCAAUCUCGGCUUCCCUUUGUUUGGACUUAGUGGCACUCCAUCGUCACCGUCAGAAAGUUCAGAAGCAAAAGCAGCAAUAGAUAAGGCACUAUCAGCAACAGUAAAUGUGAAUGGACGGCUGGGAUUCCUAGAUGAAGGUGGACAUUCAUGUGACAUAUAUGAUGGUCAAUGGGUCUGGGAUGAUAACUACCCUCUUUAUCAAAGCCAAGAUUGCCCUUUUGUGGAUAUUGGUUUCCGGUGUCUAGAAAAUGGCCGCCCCGAUAGUUACUACACCAAGUGGCGUUGGCAGCCUAAUGGUUGCGAUUUGCCAAGAUUUAAUGCAACUAUGAUGCUGGAAAAGCUGCGGAACCGGCGCCUCGUGUUUAUCGGUGACUCCAUUGGAAGGAACCAAUGGGAAUCUAUGCUCUGCAUGCUUGCUACUGCAAUUCCCAACAAGGAUUCGAUCUAUGAGGUGAAUGGGAGCCCGAUUACUAAACACAAAGGCUUCUUGGUUUUCAGGUUUGAAGAUUAUAACUGCACGGUCGAAUACUACAGAUCUCCGUAUCUAGUGGUGCAGGGCAGUUCUCCAAGGGGAUCUCCGAAAGAAGUUAGGAUGACUCUAAGACUGGAUCAUAUGACCUGGAGUCAUAUGCAAUGGAAUGAUGCAGAUGUGCUGGUUUUUAACAGUGGCCAUUGGUGGAGUUAUGAGAAGACAAUAAAACAUGGUUGUUAUUUCCAAGAAGGGACGGAGGUGAAGAUGGAGAUGGACCUUAGAACUGCAUUUGAGAAAUCCAUUCAAACAUUAGUCAACUUCGUUACCAGUCAAGUAGAUACGAAUAAGACACAAGUUCUCUUUCGCACCUAUGCUCCUGUACAUUUCAGAGGUGGCACCUGGAAAACUGGAGGACAGUGUCAUCAUCUGAAGCUACCCGACUUUGGUCCAUUGCCUAAUCAAACUGAGAAACUCGUUGACAUGGUCUCUGGUGUGUUGUCAAAAAACCCAGAAGGGUUUCAAGUUAUACAGAUGAUGAACGUUACUCCCAUGACAUAUCGAAGACAAGACGGGCAUACAACAUUGUAUCGUUUUGGCCCGGAAAUUGGGGCAGGUCCUCUGAACCGUCAAGAUUGUAGCCACUGGUGUUUACCUGGUGUGCCUGAUUCAUGGAAUGAGAUUCUUUACGCUCUUUUCCUCCAGCGGGAAUCAUUACGCUCACCAAGUUCGGCACAAGGCUCUCAAACUUCAUUGUGAUGGGUAUAUAAAGUUUCUCGAUAGUUGAGCUUGUAUGAAAAAUGGUUCACAAUCAUAUUCUUGACGAGUGUAUAGAGUUGAAACUUUGAAAUCUUGUUCAUUUGAUCAAUGAAACUAUAGCAGAUUCUUUAU